AAUACCAGUGCUUAUAUAAACAUUAUUUAUUAUAUAUAUGUAUUAUAUGCAUAAUCGUAUUGUGUGAGAAAAAUAAUUACUCAUCUGUGGCGGCGGUUACAUUGGCCGUGACAAAUAUAUUAGCAAGGUCUGAAAGUGUGAAAAUGUGAAAAUUCUAUUCGUGCAGUGAACAAAAGCCAAAUGUGUGAUAAGUUUGUGGAAUUAACGAAAUUGAUGUGGAAACAAUAACAACAAUAAUAAUAUAAAAACAAUAACCACAAUGAAAACAACGUAAAACAAGUGUUUUGACAAAUCCACAAUAAUUUCUCUAUUUUUAGCAGCAACAUUUGAAAGAAGAGAGAGACAUAAACAAAACGCUGACAAAAGCGAAAUUCAUGAAAUCGAAAUACAGUGAAAAUAAAAACAAAUUGAAGCUGAGCAAAAUUUUUGUCAAUAAGAGUAUAGUGUAAUUAACAAAUUAUUAAUAAAUAUUGAAAGAGCAAAGAGAGAGAGAAAGAGAGUAAAAGAGAGUGAGAGCUCUAGUGAUCAAAGUUCUACAGUGUGUGCAAAGCGAGUUCCCCACUGAUACUGAGUGUGGGUGGCCGCGUCAAACCCAAGAUAAGCGCGCUUGCUCAAACGACUAUUCGCGUAUUACGAGCAGACAUUCAAACGCACACACACACACACCAAUGGCUGACGAGAGCGCCUUCGACAGUCCGCGUCCGUUUCGACGCGAGCGCAAUUUAAGUAAUCGCAAUUUUGCCAAACGUCGUUCCGGUCGACGCAUCAGCGUCGAGAGUCACAGCUCGGUGGAGUCGUUUAAUCUAAGUGCAGCCGAGAGUGUAAACAACGCGAGCUCAGCAAGUUCAGCGCAUGAGAACAAUUCCAGCGCUGGCGGCAAUGACAGUCACAAUCACAGUACGUCGAGUAGCAGUGGCAGUAGCGGUUCACAUUCGUUUAGCGUCGCUAGUAGUCAACUGGAUUAUUCCUACUCGGUUCAAUCGGAUACGGAAAGUGCAUUUUAUCGUGCCUCUACGCGUAGAAUGGUGCCACCACCGUUACCCAUAACUGGGCCGCCGCUAGAUAAUGACGAGCCUACAACAACAACAACAAAUGGUGACGAUGGUCAACCACAAACGCCCGAUCCCGCCUUGUUGGGUGUGCGACAGAAAGUUAAUCGUUUCGAAACAUUGACUGCCGAACAGCGCAUACUCUUUAAGACGGGACGUCAUCAGUUGCGCCAGCAAAAUCAACAAAAUAAUACGCACACACGCGCAACAACAACAACUGGUGUGGGUGGCUUUUCAGCCGCGUCGCCUGGUUUAUGGCGUGUUUUUCCGCCCGCUACGCGCCGUUCCACACCCGAAACGGAUAGUUCGGUGGCCAGUCGUCAGUCGGCGGCCAGCUCAUUUCACACCUCCAUCGAUGAGGAACGUUCCGUGGAUGAUGUGGAUGAAAUCUCCGAUUAUGCUGAGGAUGCGCAGUCGCACGCGGCUGCUGUUGCUGAGGCAGAGUAUGUUUUGCCAGAAGAAGCGCAUGAAUUGCGCGAAGACGCGGUGCCAUCACCAGUGCCUGGCUAUAUGCCACCAACGGAGCAUGAACAAGCGUUAUCGGCGAGCGUUGCGGAAUUGAAUUUCGAUGAUUUCGGUAAGGUGGAGAAGGUGCGUCGCGCUGUUAGCGAUGAUUAUGCACGCACAAUGCCGAAGGCUCGUGCGAAGAAGCUGGUUGCGGAAGUUGAAUGUAGCGGACAGAUCGCAUCGAAAGAUUUCCCAAGAAAUUAUCGCUCAGUGCCUCGUCCCAAGACUGAAAUUAUUGGUACCAAAAAUCAUGCGGUUGUUGACAAAUGUAAAUCGCUCUACCAACCAAGCGAGCACGAGGAGGAAACUGAGGCUGAGUUGCGCGAUAAGAGCUCACAACACAUCAAACCCAUACUCGAGGAGCUGAUAAAAACAGAGGAAACAUAUGUGGAGAAUUUGCGACUCGGCUUGGAGAAUUAUGGCAAUAUAUUUGCGCGCAAAGAUUUACCCAUCGGUUUGCGCGGCAAGAAAUAUGUCUUGCUUGGUAAUAUCGGACAGAUCUAUGAAUUUCAUGCGGAGGAAUUUUUACCAAUGCUGCAUGCAUAUAGAAGGGAUCUGAAGCGGUUAUUCGAUGAAUUUCAGCAUUAUAUUAAUAACAAUUCCUUCUACUGCUAUGUCAUAUUCACAAUGAACAAGCAACGUUCGCUCAAAUUAUGUGAUACAUUUAAGAAUUAUUUUAAGCGGAUACAAAACGAAUUGGAUGAUAAGUUGGGUAUAAAUAGUUUCCUGGUACAGCCUAUACAACGCAUGGCGCGAUAUCCGCUGCUGCUGCAACAAUUUAUCACGACUCUCUUCAAGCAUCCCGACUUCGAGGUCAAACCUUUGCUUGAGUCAUGCUGCCGUCUCGAGAAGAAAAUGCGCACAUUGUUGACCACAACUAAUGAAUCUGAAGUGAUUAACGACAUUGUCGAGUGUAAUGAGUUCAACGUAUUCCAUCAGGGUAAAUUCCGCAAAGUAAGCGACUUUUCGAUCAUUGAUCACACACUCCGACGCACCUAUCGCGGCAAGGUCUUCAUAUUCGACAAGUGCAUAAUCUACACAGAGAUUAAGGGCAAGCACUUGAUCUUCAACGGUCGCUAUCCGUGCGAACAUAUCGGUAUCCUGGCGAAAACGAAGAACUUCACCCUAUUCUAUGAGCGUCGUAAGCAGCAAGAGUGCGAUUUCCACGCUGAACCGCCAGUGAUCGAAGCCUGGCUGGAGCUGAUACGGGAAAUGGUUAGCUCGUUUGCGGCAGAGGAGCGUCAAAAGCUGCAAGAUCGUUAUGCACGCGAAGGCGAACAACAAUACCGUAAACCGGUAAGCUUGACGCUGUUUCGCGAUUCGAAUCGUUUUAGUUCGGACAGUGGUAUAGGCAAUAUAUGGGUACUGCCGAAACCGGAGCCAGAAUCGGAUGCGUCAAGCAAUCGCACCACGUGGUAUGCAGUUAAUUGAACGGUGUGCUGUGCUUAAAUGUAUGGAAUAUGAAUAUAUUAAAGAGAUAUUCUUCCACUUGUGCCUAACGAAGUGUUUGCUAGUUGCAAUUUUCGGACCAAUAGCGCCAGUCUAAAUUCAAGUGGAAAUUCAAAAAGUGACGAAUGCAGCGCAAUGUGCUUUUACUGCGUUUAGUACUGGAGCUUUUAUGGCUUUAGUGUGGCCAUAUUUUUAUUAAUUUUAAUAUGUAAGCAAUGCAAAUGGUUACACACUCCAAUUUAUUCGAAACAAAAUAUUUUAAAAUUGCUUAUAAUUAGAAAAAAAUAUAACAAAUUAUUGUUUAGGACUUAUGUAACUUAAAUAGAUACAUAUGUACAUAUAUAUGAAAUAGUCUAUGCUCUAAUGUACAUAAUUAAACACAUUGGCUGUAAAUUUAUAUACAAUUAAAAAAGUCUAGUGAUUUUAGUCCAAAACAAAAACAAAA